AUGAUAAAAUUUGAUCUCCUAUGUAUUUCCAUCCUUGCGUGUUUGAUUGCGGUAGCGCACACUCAAAGCGACGACUGCCAAUUGUGCAUAAAUGCGUGCAAUUCGGUAUUGUCCUGCACCGGCACUACUGAUAUUUAUCAAUUCCUAUCUCUAUCACAAACAGAAGCCGCACCGUGUGCAUGUUCUCAGAAUUUCAUUAAUGGGUAUGCAAGAUGUCCUUAUUGCUCAACUUAUGCCAAUAUUGUCUUAACAUCCAAUGUCGUUUCUUUCGUUUCUACAUGUAAACGAUACGGUUACCCCGUGACGAGUCCUAACAGCACUAAAAACAAUGGCAGCAGUUCGGUUAGCAGCACUAGCACCAAUGGCAGCAGUUCGGGUAACAGCACUAACGCUGAUGGCAGCAGUUCGGGUAGCAGCCAAAACUCAUCAUCAACUGGUGGUAUAAGCAAAGGUGCUAUCGUUGGCUUAGCUAGCGGUGGUUCUGCUAUCUUAGGCUUUGCUGCCGCUGCAUUGGGCGUUUAUUACAAGUGGUUGAAGGUCAAACAAAUAAAAAAAUGA